AUGGAAAAAGAUAAUUUCCAAGAGUCAGAAUUAGAGAAGAGUGGAUCUCCCAAAAGAACGACUCCCAAAAGAAUUAUCCAUUUCAUUGAUGGAGACAUCAUGGAAGAAUAUACCACAGAGGAGGAGGAAGAGGAAGAAAAAAAGGAACAGAAAACAAAUUCAACACAUGAUCCCUCUACGCUUUCAUGGGGGCCCUAUCUGUGGUUUCGGGCAGGGCAAAUAGCAAGCGCCUCAUUUUCUGCCUGUGAAUUCCUUGGUGGAAGAUUUGCUACCUUCUUUGGUCUUAAUCAACCCAAAUAUCAGUAUGUGUUGAAUGAGUACUAUAGAACACAAAAUAAGGAAAGUGACAAGGAAGGUGAAGGGAAUGGAUCAAAGGCCCAGCCAACCAAGGUUCCUAAUGAAAAGUGUCACCUGGAGGCUGCGGGCCAAGAGUAUGGAACCAGACAACACGACAUUGCAGAAAGUGUUCCUCAGCAGAGUGCCUCAUCCAGGGAGAGCCUGGCAGCAGAUUCCAGCUCAAAAUGGGCCCCAGGACUGCAGUUCCUCUGA